GCUCCCUCCCGGGGCAGCUGGGGGAUUUCCUGGGCGGAAGCUGUGAGGGGGUUUCCAGUGUGAUCAUACCAGUCGCACACACACAUAGACCAGAGAACUAGAAUCACGGACCUGGACCUGGACGUGGACCCGGAUCAUGAGGACUUUACUGGAGGCCUGGAGGUUUGGAGGACGCCGCACCGGCGCCUCGACGGUUUGAACCCCGGAGACAGAGCGUGCCGAUCCGCGGAGCUGCUGACAGUAAGACCGAAGACUAGAUUCAUGUCAUGUCAGCGGGGAGGAGUUCUGACGGGAGGGAGGUGCAGAUUCCACUCCAGCAGGUGGCGCCCUCCCUGGCUGCGUCUCUCUCUGUGGCUCCUCCCAUCACCCCGCCCUCUCACCGCCCAGCCAAUGCCUGGCCCCUCAGUGACCCUGUCGCUCCACAAGGUUUUCUGCCUCUUCAUGGAGGAUUUCGAGAUCACUUUGUAGAGAGUCCGGAAGCUAAGUACUGCUGCGAGGUGUGUCGCCUGGUUCUGUGUCAGCCGCGACAGACGGAGUGUGGACAUCGCUUCUGUCAGAGCUGCAUCAACAACAUCCUCAGUCAGCCAAACCCAGUGUGUCCAGCUGACAUGGAGCCGCUGUUUAAAGACAAGAUCUUCAGGGACGUGUGCUGUCACAGGGAGAUCAUGUCUCUGAAGGUCUACUGUCGCAGUGAAGCUCACGGCUGUCAGGAACACAUGAGUCUGCAGCAGAUACCUGAACACCUGAACGUCUGUCCCUUCUUUGAGGUCCCCUGUCCUCUGGGAAAAUGUAAAGAGCGAAUGAUGAGGAAGGAAAUCCCCGAUCACCUGAGCUGGAAAUGUAAACACAGAGAGAGCAGCUGUGAGUUCUGCGCCACCAAGAUGCCACUGACAGAACUGCAGAAACACAAAGACACCGUGUGUCCAGCGUUCCCGGUCUCCUGUCCAAACCACUGCUCGUUCUCCUCGUUGCCCCGGAGUGAGCUCUCCAGUCACCAGCAUGACUGUCCCAAAGCUCAAGUGAGUUGCCAGUUCCACCGUUACGGCUGCGUCUUCAAGGGUUUGAACCAGGAAAUGCGGCAACAUGAGUCCACGUCUGCGGCCGAGCACUUGAGAAUGAUGGCCAACAGGAGUUUGGUGCUGGAGAACAAGGUGGAGGAUGUGAAAGGAGAGCUGUCAGAGCGAUACAAGGUGCUGCCUGCGCUCAGCAGCCGUCUGUCUGAACUGGAAAAACACAACGACGAGCUGAGAGACAAGAAUCGUCAGAUGGAGCAAAAGCUGGCGACGAUGCAGAAACUGAUGAGUUCUCACUCUGAGAAGCUCCUGGAGGUGGAGCUGGAGCUUCACUCUCUCCGUCUGCUCAGAGACGAGGUGGACAACCUCAGAGGAACUCUGGACAAUGUCCGCACCAGGCUGAACGCUCUGGAACAAGGGGGACGCAGUGGAACAGGAUCCACAACACACACUCUGGGUCAGAACAUGCAAACACAUCUGGGGACUAGUUUUAGACCCUCAGUCCCUGGUCCCCCUCAUCAUCUGUCCCUCACCUCUGGACUUGUCCCGUCUUGUCUCUAAACAGCUGCUGUCCCUCAUUGUCUCUCCUGUCCCUCACUGAUUCCGUCCACUUUCUGUCUUUUACGUCUUGUUUGUGUGUUGGAUGUCUGUAGGACUGGGUUGGGGUUAGUCAUUAACUGCUUAUGGUUAGUGAUAAUUACU